CCCACGGACCCCUGAUCGGGAGAGACAGAGGGAGCUGGCCACCAUGCACAGCUCCUGCAGCCUCUGGGCGACACUGUUCCCACUGCUGCUGCUGACUGCCGCCACGGGCCCCACCUCGGCCCUCACGGAGGGGGAGAAGCAGACCGUGGUGGAGCUUCACAACUUCUACCGUGCCCAGGUGUCUCCUCCAGCGUCAGACAUGCUGCAGAUGAGGUGGGACGACGAUCUAGCCGCCUUCGCCAAGGCCUAUGCGCAGAAAUGCGUGUGGGGGCACAACAAGGAGCGGGGCCGGCGCGGAGAGAACUUGUUCGCCAUCACCGACCAGGGCAUGGACGUGCCGCUGGCCGUGGGGAACUGGUAUGAGGAGCGGGAGCAUUACAACUUCAGCACGGCCACCUGCGAUCCCGGCCAGAUGUGCGGCCACUACACUCAGGUAAUCUGGAGCAAGACCGAGAGGAUUGGCUGUGGUUCCCACUUCUGUGAGACGCUCCAGGGAGUGGAUGAAGGCAACAUCCAUUUGCUGGUGUGCAACUAUGAACCCCCGGGGAACGUGAAGGGGCGCAAGCCCUACCGGGAGGGGACUCCUUGCUCCCAGUGCCCCCCUGACUACAGCUGCGAGAACUCUCUCUGUGAGCCCACGAGAAACCCGGAAGAGGCGCAGGAUUCGCCUCCACGGGUGACCGAGGUCCCUUCCACCCGGGCAACUGAAGCCCCAAGCUCCAGGGAAACCGGUACUCCGUCCCUAGCAACCUCUGAGACUCUACAUUUCUCCUCGGUAACAGAGGUCUCGGACUCCCUGGCAACCGAGUCCUCACCUGCGUUAGAAACAAAGGCCCCAUCUUCCUUAGCAACGGAAGGCCCCUCCUCCAUGGCAACAGAGGCUGAGUCUUUCCCAGCGGAGGUCCCCUCCGUUUCCACCACGCACAUCCAGCCCUCACUGAAUGAGGGGCCACUUAAUUUCCCCACAUCAACACAUAUCCCUGACCCCGAGUCUACGGACAAAGAAGCCAGCAAGUCGAGCGCAACCUCCGUGAGCCCAGAGAAAUCUCUGUACCCCACGAUGUCCCUGACACAGACAGGAGAGACCCUACCCCAGGCCCAGGUGGAGGCUGAGGUAGAGGCCGAGUUGCCUGAGGUGGUGGCCGAGUUGCCUGUUUCCAGUGAGGUGUUGGGUCCAGUCCAGGAGCAUGGUGGUCCGCAGGCCUCACUGGACCACUCGGGCCACCCUGCCUCCAGCUUCCCCAGUGCCUCUGCCUCGGUUAACGCCACAGGCGGACGCACCCUGGCCCUACAGUCACCCUGGACAGGUGCAGAGGACCCUAAAAAGGCCGGCUUGGAUUUGAAGCACAGUUCUGGUCAUGUAUGGGGCCCUUUCCUGGGACUGCUGCUGCUGCCUCCCUUGCUGCUGGCUGGAAUAUUCUGAAGGGGCCUGGUGAGACUGGCCUCCUGCCUAUUCUGGAUGCUGUCUCCAAGUUAGAAGCCAGAGGUCCUGGAGAAGGUCCUGCUCUCUGUAUGCCCCCUUUCCCUCUCUACUGAGCUGUGCCGGCCCAGUACCCCAGGAAUGCUUCUCCACGGGGCGGGGUGGGGGUGGGGUGCCGCCCCUCAGCAGUGUCCUAGUGGCCACACCUGCGAGCCUGGUUUCCUAAGGACAGCGGAUCGUAGCCUCCUCGGGAACUUCUUCUUUCUUGAGCGUUCUGAGUCCAGGCGUAUCUACAGAGGUGCCCACUCCUUC